AUGGCCUCUCAGUGCAACGGUACAGCGACCAUGGAAUUCUUUCUCACGGGGUUCCAAGGACUUCAUCGUUCCAGGAUUGUCUUAUUCCUGCCAAUUCUCCUAAUUUAUAUCAUGACAGUAGGUGCAAACCUCCUCAUCGUCUUCUUGGUUUCAACCAGCCACCUCAUGCAUUCUCCGAUGUACUUCUUUCUCUGCCACCUUUCUUUGUGUGACUUCUUUUUCAGCACCAACAUUGUCCCCAAAAUGAUGCAGGUUACGUUGGAAGGAGGUAGCACCAUAUCCUUUUCCGGCUGCUUCAUUCAGUUUUAUGUCUUCGCAUCAUGUACCGGAACGGAAUGCUACCUACUAACGGCAAUGUCGUACGACCGAUACUUGGCCAUCUGCUACCCAUUACGUUACACGUCCAUCAUGGACCUCAGGCUUUGUGUCCAUCUGGCCGUCUGCUGCUGGUUCCUCAGCUUCUUCUUCGUUCUCAUUACUUUAGUUUUCAUUUCUAUGUUACGAUUUUGUGAUAAGAACAUUAUCGAUCACUUCUACUGUGACUUCAUUCCCAUCUUGGAACUUUCCUGUACAGACACAUCCGCUGUUGAAAUAGAAACGACGUUCUUUGCUUACGUCAUAGUCCUCCUCCCUUUUCUAGUGAUCGUCGGCAGCUAUUUCAACAUCUGCCGCACAAUUCUUGGAAUUUCCUCAAGAGCCGAGAGGAAGAGAGCCUUCUCCACCUGCAGCUCCCAUCUGACCAUUGUCUCCUCUUAUUAUGGGUCACUCCUUAGUAUAUACUUGGUCCCUUCACAGGGACAUUCUCUAAAUAUGAAUAAAUUCCUAUCUCUGCUGUACACCUUCGUGACCCCUUUGAUCAACCCCAUCAUAUAUAGUCUAAGGAACAGGGAAAUCAGAAACCAAUGUUCUAGAUUAUUCCUAAGGUUCCGUGGGGAACCUUUGGGCUAA